GAUCCACGAUAUAAAGAUCAUUACUUGGAUGUGGGGAAAAAGCUGCGCACACGAGAAAUGAUCCAGGCCGAGUUGGAUUUGGGAAAGCCGCUAGGUAAUGGAGACGAUCAGGUGAUGCACAGCGCAGGAGAUGAAAACAGCGCAGAGAGUAAACGGGCUCGUACUACAGAUGAGCCGCGCACAGUCUCGCUGUCUGACAUGUUCGAUGAGAUCCUCCAAGAGAAUAACCCAUUUGCAAGACAGAGGACAAGCUCAACCGCUCAACAGUUAGAUGGUUAUCUCUCAGAAGUCCCCAUCCCCAGGAGCAAUAACCCUCUCAAAUUUUGGAGGACCAAUCAAGGCCGCUUUCCCGACCUGGCACAGAUGGCACGCAGGUACUUGUCUGCUCCAUGCACAAGCACCGACAGCGAGAGACUGUUUAGUGCUGCAUCUCAUGUCAUCGAUGAGACGAGGAACCGACUUUCAUGUGAGAAAGCAGAGAAGCUACUUUUCAUAAAGAAGAACCUUUUCCUGAAGAAGUAGGCUAAGUAGGCUUAU